GCUGGCCGAUGAAGGAGACACACAAAGCGGAGAGAAAAGUCACUUUAUCUUCACUUUCCCAACAUUAAAAAGCCUCUAAAGCAGUCGAUAACCGAUAACUACUUCACACCAAGAAUUCUUCUCUCCAGAAGCUGUUUUACCCUCGAAAAGAACCGAACUGAAGCGACGAAAUGUUUCUGGACGACGAGUAACGUAACUUUGGUCCAGCGUUGUGUUCCUGGACUGAUGGAGACACUUUGAAGCUGUCGGAGGCUGAAAGCUGCUCAGAUGUUUUCCUCUGUACAGGAGAACAUCUCCACCUCCCCUCCCUCCACCAAAGGUCCAGUUAAAUAUGGCGAGCUCAUCGUGCUGGGGAGUAACGGCUCUCUGCCCAAUGGUGACAAGGGGCGGAGAAAAAGUCGCUUCACUCUGUGCUGCAGAAACAAAGCUAACGGCGUGAAACCGAGCACAGUCCACACAUCGUGCACGCCUCAAGCUGCCAAGGCCGUCAGUAACAAGGACCAGCACAGUAUUUCAUACACGCUGUCCCGGGCUCACACCGUGGUGGUGGAGUACACGCACGACAGCGGGACGGACAUGUUCCAGAUCGGACGUUCCACAGAGAAUCCCAUUGACUUUGUGGUCACAGACACGGUCCCCGGCGGUCAGGUCCACGCUGAAGGUCAGGCGGUUCAGAGCACCAUCUCGCGCUUCGCUUGCCGCAUCAUCUGCCAAAGAAACCCGCCUUACGCCACGCACAUCUAUGCCGCGGGAUUUGACUCCUCCAAGAACAUCUUCCUUGGGGAGAAAGCGGCCAAGUGGAGGACACAAGAAGGUCAGAUGGAUGGGCUGACAACCAAUGGUGUUCUGGUGAUGCAGCCGCACCACGGCUUCAGUCAGGAGUCACAGCCGGGUCUGUGGAGGGAAAUAUCCGUCUGCGGCAGCGUCUUCACCCUGCGAGAGACAAGAUCGGCUCAGCAGAGGGGAAGGACGGUGGACUCUGACUCGAACGAACUGGUGGAUGGUUCGCUUAUUGACCUGUGUGGUGCCACUCUGCUGUGGCGGACCGCUGAGGGCUUGGUGCACACUCCCACUGUUAAACACUUGGAGGCUCUGCGGCAGGAGCUGAAUGCAGCCAGGCCACAGUGUCCCGUGGGCUUCAACACGCUCGCCUUCCCCAGUCUACGCCGCAAGGACAUAGUUGACGAGAAGCAGCCCUGGGCGUACCUGCGCUGUGGCCAUGUGCACGGCUACCACAGCUGGGGAGGGCAGGACGAGGCGGCGGUGCAGGCAGGGUGUCAGGAGCGCGAAUGCCCUAUGUGCCGUGCACGGGGCCCCUAUGUGCCGCUGUGGCUGGGCUGCGAGGCGGGUUUCUACGUGGACGCCGGGCCCCCCACUCACGCCUUUGUCCCCUGCGGCCACGUCUGCUCGGAGAAGACAAUGGCGUACUGGAGUCAGAUCCCGCUGCCUCACGGCACGCACACCUUCCACGCCGCCUGCCCGUUCUGCAUCCAGCCGCUGAGCGGAGAGUCCGGCUUCAUCAAGCUCAUUUUCCAAAGUCCGCUGGAUUAGGAACAGUUCAUCCGCUUCACGCUGUGGUAUCCGCGGAUGCAGCUCUGGACUAGCGGGCUUCUAGAAGACGUCCUGCAUCUUCUUCCUCAUCAUCUUAACUGAGAGCCGCGUGCUUGAUUGUACUUAAUUUAACUUGAUUAAUAGUGUUUUUGUCACUUGUGGACGUGACGAACAUCCUGCCAGAGACGCUGGAAAACCUGAGAUAUUUAAUUUUUACACUUUUUUUAUUUAUUUGUUUUUCUCUGCUUUAAUCUUUUGAAAAUGAUUUCUUUCUAUUUUUUCCCUCACAGUUGUUAAUGGUUAGUUUCUGUUAGUCACACUGACAAGAAGAAGAUUCUGUGGAAAAUGUUAUUUCUAAUUCAGGAACUCUUAAAAUGUUGAAUUGCUGUCAGAUAAACAACCAUGUUUGAUGCAUAAUUUUUAAAAAUUUUAAUUUUUUUCUGUGAUUAAGUGACCUUUCUCACUUAUUGCCUCCGAAAAACAACACAACCUUUUCAUAAUUUAUUUUCUUAAUCCAAAUACUGUGUGUGUGUGUGUGUGUGUGUGUGUGUGUGUGU